AUGCAAAAGCUCAACGGUCUUUCGACAGGCCCUUUCAGUGCUAAGAAGGAUGUUGGCGAGGGUCUUGCUCUCAAGGGGCACAAAAAGAGUCCAUCAAUGGGAAGUAGUAAAGACUUUUCGUCUCGGCCGACGAGUGCUUUGACCGUGAAAUCACACAAUCGCAAGACUUCAGCCUCCAGCUCCGUUUAUACGCGAGUCCGAUCGACAUCUACAGUAUCGAGUACAACUUCGCGAUACGCAAUGGAUGCACCAGAUGUACCCGCGGUUCCAUCACAGCUCAAAAACCGAGAUACAACCUUGCAGGAUAGCCCAACAUUGCCUCACGAGGGACAAGAGAAAGGCUUUGAUUUUGGUCUUCAGGAUUCGGACGAGACCCCAACGGAGAGACGCGAUGACAACAAAUCACCUGAACGGCGACCAAGUACUGAGCGAAAGGCUCCGGAACCUCACCCAUACACUCAUAAGCCGAGACCUUCUGUCACAGCAGCAAUGGCUCCUUUGGAUAGCAUUGGCAGUUCCAGCUCAUUCAAGUCAUCACGCUCUAUCCGGGGUCGAAAAGCGUCAACAGCAUCAACCAGACCAACUCCGAAUGAGCUUGGCAUUAAGACCACGCCACAGGAUCCUCCACCUGUUCCAGCAGCCUUUCAAAAAGCAAAUCAUGCCUCCGAGACAUCAAACCAUACACCUAAUGAAUCAACCUCUUCUAAUGGGUCUUAUAGUUCUGGGUUCGAGGUCGAGCCCCCUUUACAAGAGUCGCCCCAGAGACAGAAGCCUCCUGCUUUUGAAGAUAUUCGUAAUGAUAAUCCAUUCAGCGGCUUCCAAUUUGAUGUCGAAAGGAAGUCGCCAACACAAGAAUCUUUUCAACCUCCAAAGAAUCAUCCACCUCUGGCAAUACAUCCACCUUCGCCAGAACGAACUCGAAGGCCUUCUGCUCCUGAUCAGGCACCUCGAAUGGGUCAGCUCGAUCAUGGUCCUCCACCACUGCAGAGGCAAAGAACUGCUCCGCCCUUUGAAGAAUCGCGACCAUAUCCGCCUCCUUUCAAAUCGCAGUUUGAUCGUCAGGGAUUGAGAUAUCCUUCUCGGGCUCCAUCUUUGUCUACCGAACCUACCGUCCCAAUGAUUGAACCCCAUGAACAUCCAGCGCAACAGACCAGUCCUCAGCAGACGUCGCCGGACGAUUACAUGAUCUCCAGUGCUGGCUCACAAGGUUCUCUUGACCAUUUUCACUUUUCACCUGCACCGUCGCGGCCUGCUCUCCCAACAGUCGCCUCGUGUCCACCUCCACCACAACGCUUCCGGCCCCCAGAUAAAGGAAUAUGCCGAGGCUGCGACGAACCUAUUAGAGGCAAGUCUAUGGUCGUCUGA